AUGGACAACGGUACUACAACUUCUACUUCUACUACUUUGGUAGACAUUUCAAUACUAAGAUUGGUAUUGAUUAGAGACAAGUUUCUAUCAAACAAAAUAUUUCAAUGUAUUCAUGAUAUACAUGAACUGAUAGUAAAGAAUACUAGGAUGCCAUCAAAACCACACAAGAUGAUGGUGAUUGUCAAAGGUAGAGAAGUGCGUGUAUCUCUAUUACACAUGAUUAGAUUUGGUUGGACGGAUUUAUUCAUUCAAGAGUUUGAUCGAAUGGUUGAUAUGGAGAUAUCAGAUGUCCCCAGUCCACACGAUCCACGUCGUAUACAAAUAAAGUUUACUGGGUAUGUCCGUGCAGCCUCUAUAGUUGGCAACCAAAGAAUACUCACCUAUUUACAUGGGUUCACUAGCCGAGUCGCCAAAGGAACACAUCUAAAAGAUAUCGUUGACAUGCGAUUCGCAGACGCCGAUGUAACAGAUGCUAUCAAAUUCAACAACUUUGAUAAUCUAAAAUGGUUACUCAAUCUAUUACCUCCAUUACUUUUAAAUUUUGAUACAGAUGCUAGACCAUUAGCUAGUUGGUUUAAAAGUGCAAUCAAAUAUAAAAAAGGAAAAGACCAAGAACAAGAUAUCCAACAACAACAACAACAACAACAAACAAACUCAGAAGAAAUGAAUAAUGAAAUGUUAAAGUUAUUAAUUGAAAAGUAUGGAGAAAAGAUAAAGGAAUAUAAGAAGUUGUUCCCUGGUGUUGGUGUGGAUUAUUUGUUUUUCGAGUUGGACGGUGAUUGGGUAGAGGAUUAUUGCAAUCAUCGACCAAAGAAAGAAUUAGUUGAAUUUAUUAAAUUGGUGGUUGACCACAAGAUGGUCAAAGAGGCAGCUUGGGCGUUUCUCUUGGCUGCUGCCAUCAAACACGAUUGUAAACAAUUGGUUCUUGACGCGAUACCAAAACAAUUGGAUCUUUAUAUUGAUCAGUUGUUGGUACUUCCAAUUGACUCGGUCGAGUUGAUGCAAUACACUAUUGAAAAUUUUGUAAAGUCUGAUGUAAUGUCAAACUUUAUUAUCAAGAUGUAUGAAAUGGCGGCAAAGAAAGGGUACUAUGAUAUUAUAGUCUAUCUACAUUCACUUCAACAACCUCCACCAUCAUCACUUUUAGAAGUGUCACAUCCAUCAAUCAUUAAACGUUUGUUUGUGGAACCAGACCAACAGGCUAGAGACAUGGUAUCAAGUUGGAAUAAAAAAUGGUGGAUUGUUGGUGACCUACACAUUGAUGUAGUAUCAGACUUGACACUACUCGAAUUUAUAUUUAACAUGUCAAACGUCACUAUUCAACCGAGUAGUAUGUUUCCUUCAUCACUCUACACGAAUGGUGGAAAGGAGGCGUUAGAGUUACUAGACCGACUGGUUGUAGAAAGGGAUGUAGUGGUCAAUUACAGCCCUCUUUGGAGUAUGGUUACGAGUAGUCGUAAACGUUAUAACUUGGAUGAAAUCAAGUAUAUCAUUGAAAGGUAUCCAGAGUCUGCCAUCAAACCAAAGUCAGCACCCAUUCGUAGGUUUCCAACACGUAUCACAUUACCGACGAUCGAGCAACUAUGCAGUAACAUGGAAUAUGAAAAGGUACGAUUUCUAUUCGACGCCAAUGUGGUUGCAAGGAAUGAAAUAUUUCAAUUUGGUAUUCUCACGUUGACCUCUGGUAGCUGUGUCAACUUUUUCGAUCGAAUGGUUGGAUCUGCCCCUAUUAUACCCAUGACAUCGUCAUUCCCAGCCGAUGACAUGGACCGUGCCUUUGAAAUGUUUAAAUACUUGUGUGAACAGGUUGACUAUCAAUCACUUGACAACUAUCAUCAAAAUGUUCUACAACGGUCAACACCCAUAGAACUAUUCUCAGACAGAUUGGUUGACAUUGCGAUCAAGAGUAAUCGAUUCAGUAUGGUUAAAUAUAUUCUCGGCUUUGGGUCACCCCUUUUACACAGAGAUUGGAAUAUCAAUGCUAAGGGACUAGUCGAGACUGGUAACUUGCCACUCAUCAAAUAUUUGGUCACCAACAAACACGUUACAUUGACUAGUGAAGUGUUUGAAACAUGUUGUUCACAUGGUCAAGUUGAUAUCUUUGACUAUAUGGUGGAAGAGUUAAAGAUUGAACCACCAAAACAAGUUUUAUUAUUGUCUGCAGCAUCAAGUAAUAAUUGGGAAAUGGUUAAAAGGGUUGCUGCGUUAAUAUCAACCAAUUCUAUACCUAGACCAAAGUUAUAUCGUAAAGAUUUAGGUUUAUAUUUUAGAAGUAUGGUAUUAAAGGAAAGAAUCAAGGAUCAAGACUUGUUUGAAAUAUCAAAGUAUUUGGUACAAUUUUAUUGUGAUCAGUACCCUGACCACCAAUCAACAUUGGUUCCAGAAGUGAUUGAAGAUGUCAAAAACAUAUUCAUAUCGUCUCCCAGUACUCUACUGUCACUAGCCUUGAAAUUUACAGCUGACAUUCAAACUGCUGUAUUUUUCUUUCAACUAUUUUAUUUUGGUCAAAUCACUACCAGUAGUGACAAUCAGAUUGUACCGAUACCAGAACAUUUAAAAGAUCAUUUUUGGAAAAUGUUUCCUAGAGAUUACACUCAUAUAGUUUUACAAGCUUUACAAAUUGGUCAUCUUCCACUUAUCCAAUAUUUCAAAACAGUUCAUCAUCUUGUAAAAUUGGAUGAACCCAAAGAAGAACCAACUGUCCAACAACCCUACAAUCCAAAUAAUAAUAUCAAAAUGAAUAAUAAUAAUAAUAAUAAUAAUAAUAAUAAUAAUAAUAAUAAUAAUAAUAAUAAUACUAAAACAACUAAAUCUAGUUAUUGUAAUAUAAUGUAA